CCGGGGUGGGGGAGCGGAGGCGCGGGCGGCGGGUGGCGAUGGGCUACGGCUGGGGCUUGCUCUUCGGUCUCCUGGGCGCCGCGUGUCUGCUGCUGCUGCUGCCGCGUUCGGGCCACGGAGAGGAGCGGCAGCCGGAGACGGCGGCGCAGCGCUGCUUCUGCCAGGUUAGUGGCUACCUGGAUGACUGCACCUGUGAUGUCGAGACCAUCGAUAAGUUUAAUAACUACAGACUUUUCCCAAGGCUACAAAAGCUUCUUGAAACUGACUACUUUAGAUAUUAUAAGGUAAACCUGAAGAAGCCGUGUCCUUUCUGGAAUGACAUCAACCAGUGUGGAAGAAGAGACUGUGCUGUCAAGCCCUGUCAUUCUGAUGAAGUUCCUGAUGGAAUUAAGUCUGCGAGCUACAAGUAUUCUGAAGAAGCCAACCUCAUUGAAGAAUGUGAGCAAGCCGAGCGACUUGGGGCAGUGGAUGAGUCUCUGAGUGAGGAAACCCAGAAGGCUGUUCUUCAGUGGACCAAGCAUGACGAUUCUUCAGACAGCUUCUGUGAAGUUGAUGACAUACAGUCCCCCGACGCCGAGUAUGUGGACCUGCUCCUCAACCCUGAGCGCUACACAGGCUACAAGGGGCCGGAUGCUUGGAGGAUAUGGAGCGUCAUCUAUGAAGAAAACUGCUUUAAGCCACAGACAAUUCAAAGGCCUUUAAAUCCUUUGGCUUCUGGGCAAGGAAAAAAUAAAGAAAACACAUUUUACAGCUGGCUAGAAGGCCUCUGUGUAGAAAAGAGAGCAUUCUACAGGCUUAUAUCUGGCCUACAUGCAAGCAUUAAUGUGCAUCUGAGUGCAAGGUAUCUCUUACAAGACACUUGGCUGGAGAAGCAGUGGGGUCACAACGUCACCGAGUUCCAGCAGCGCUUCGACGGCGUUCUGACUGAAGGAGAGGGUCCACGAAGGCUGAAGAACUUGUACUUUCUAUACCUAAUAGAGCUCAGGGCGCUCUCUAAAGUGCUUCCGUUCUUUGAGCGCCCAGAUUUCCAGCUCUUCACCGGAAAUAAAGUUCAGGAUGCAGAAAACAAAUUGUUACUUCUGGAGAUUCUUCAUGAAGUCAAGUCGUUCCCUUUGCACUUUGAUGAGAAUUCCUUUUUUGCUGGGGAUAAAAAUGAAGCACAGAAACUAAAGGAGGACUUCCGGCUACAUUUUAGAAAUAUUUCAAGGAUCAUGGAUUGUGUUGGUUGUUUUAAGUGUCGACUGUGGGGAAAGCUUCAGACUCAGGGUUUGGGCACUGCUCUGAAGAUCUUGUUUUCCGAAAAACUGAUUGCAAAUAUGCCAGAGAGUGGACCAAGUUACGAAUUCCAGCUAACCAGACAAGAAAUAGUAUCAUUGUUUAAUGCAUUUGGAAGGAUUUCUACAAGUGUGAGAGAAUUAGAGAACUUCAGACACUUGCUACAGAGUGUUCACUGAGGAGGACAGGGAAUGAAAUGUGCCUGUUUCUGCGCAGGGGAGGCCUGAAGGCAGGAUUCCCCGAGCAGCAAGAUUGUCAUCACUGUCUUAAGCCAAAUGUUUAUGUAAAGCUGCUUUUGUAAAAAGAGAAAUACAUUGUUUUAAGUAAAUGACAUUUUAAAGAGUUGUGUUCAUGUUUAGUAUCAUUGUGAAUAAAAGUAGUAUUUUGGUAAUGUGCAAAUUUUAAUACUAAGCAAAAGUAAGAUCACCAAAUUCCCAUAUGACAAAGCUAGGUGAAUGAUGUUCGGAGCCUCUCAAAGUAGAAUUGUGUUUAAGAAGAUGGAAUAGGAGUAAAGCUAAGGUAACUAUGGCAAGUGUUUGAUAGUAAAAUACUAACAGGCUCACCAGUAACUCCGCUUAUCAGCCUAGAAACACCAGUGCGUUUUCAUUUUCCUCGUUUGCAAAGAAAAUACAGACUGCCAGGUUAGAUUUGAAGUUUAAAUUAGCAACUAGUUUUCUUUUAAAUGUAAGUAUGUUGAGUACAGUAUUAGGGCCGUAUUUAUAUAAAAGUUGUUUGAGGUCCAGGUUUAACUGAGAGGCCUGCGUUUUCCUGGCAACCUUACAGUACACUGGUGUGAGACAUUCCUUUCAGGGUUACGUAGCUAUUUAGCUGGUGCUGAUUUGGUGUAGGAAGCAGGACAACUCAGAGGCAUAGGAGAUUUCUAAACAUUGUAGAAAGAUGAGUAGAUUAUAUAUUUAUUCUCAUAAUACUUCCUCUAAUAGUAAAAUUUUGGGGAAAUUUUUAUUUUUAUAUAAUUUCAUAUUUACAGAAAAGUUUCAAAAAUAGUACCAAAAAAAUCUCACUCAAUAUUCAUGGAUUGUUGCCCUGUGUUUUAAGCACUUACCCCACCCCAGGUCCCCCGCUACAUCCCUGAGCUGUGUCCUCAGGCUUUGCUUUGUCUCCUGUGUAGACAUAGAUACGCUGUUUUUAUUUAAGUCUGAAAACCAGUCAUGAGCGUCACGCUUCAACUCGGAACACUUCAGUGUGACGCUCAACAAUUUCCAAACAGUUUUUAUUCUUGAUCUCUUUAGGGAAAAACCAAACCUUACACCUCUGAGCUAAACUAAGCCUUAAAAUGAGGUAAUGUCUCGUGUUCCAGUCACCUGAAGUUUUUG